CCUCGGAAUACCCUUUGAAGUAUCGUAUCGUACAGUAUAAUUUUGUCUGUCAACAUCGAAGUGAUCUGCACAAACAAAACAAACACAAAAUGACAGCAAAUUCAGUAUUUCUUGUAAUGGUUGGUGGACAAAUUGAGUCCGGAGAGUUCCCAGGCUUUGAUGAUAUUUACUGUAAAUAUUGCCUGCACUAUGGUCCAGACUGGUUAAUAACUUCUGGUUUAGAAGAUGGUAUAACACAGAUGACAAAGAAAAGUAGAGAUGAACGUCAACAGUUUGUAUGGAAUUUUCCUUUAGAUGUCACAUUCAAAAGUACAAAUCCACAUGGUUGGCCACAGUUAAUAGUUCAUGCCUAUGGUAUUGAUUUCUUAGGAAAUGAUGUUGUAAGAGGGUACGGAGUGUGUCAUGUGCCUAUCACACCUGGAAAUCACAAAUUGAGAUUGCCAAUGUUUGUACCAGAAUCAACAUCAAUGUUACAAAAGUUUAGAGCUUGGACAUUUGGAACACGACCAGAAUAUGUAGAUGUCAAAGUGUUAGGCCAAGGUGAAGGGAGAGAAGUGACUAGAGUACGAUCACAAGGAUUUAUUACAGUUUCAUUUAAUGUUGUGAUGAAAGACAUGAAAAAAUUAGGCUAUGAUGUAAUACCGUCUGAGGUUUCUACGACAGUCAUACCUGAAAAUGUUGGAAUGAAAACACAAGAAGUGUCUUAGAAUUGUUUAGUUAUUUCCGACUUUAGUACACAUUUAUUGUUUUAAGACAUUUAUUUAUAUAUUUAUAACAUAUAAUAAACUGUUAGUAGUA